GUUCUGAAAUUUGUGAAGAAAUCGCUUCAGGAAUUAUACUGGAUCAUUUGUCAUCACAUGAAUUCAACAUAUUUGAACAUUUAGAUGGGGCUUUAAUUUUUUAUCCUUUCAUUGUAUUAUAUCAGUUAGUACGAUCAAAUGCAGGGGGUAAAGAGAGAUGGGGAGGAGAGUAGGGCUGAGUGUGUCCUGUGUUUAGAAGAAGAACCCAAACAUAAAAAGAACAAGACGCUUCGGGUUUGCCAGUGAAGAAGGACAAGGAGGUAGCGACAAACGAUCAAAGCAUCAAAAUGAAAGUCUGCCACACUUUGAUCUCCUUUAUCUUCCUCACUCUGCAGGGUGUUGUCGAUGCAGUCAUUCCCAUCCGCACUGGAGUGGAAGGAGGAACCAUCACAGUUGGAUGCUCAUUUACUCUGUCUGGAAGCAGGAAGCUCUUCUGUAAAGAAAAAUGUGAAAAAGGAAAUAUUCUCAUUGAAACAACAGAUGAUUCAGCCCAGAGUGGCAGAUAUAGUAUUAAAUAUAUAGAAGGAUUUUUUCUCAUUUAUACAGUUGUCUAUGUGAGCAUCACUAAGCUGGAAAAGUCUGACUCAGGCCGGUACAGGUGCUCUUUGGACAGAACGCCUUCAGAUCGCUUAUCUUUAAACUGGGAUUUUGAGAUCGUUGUCACAGAAGCUUCAACUACUUUCAAGACUAAAUCACCUGUGAAACCUAUUUCUUCGUCAGCUCAUCUCUCUUCACCACCACCACCACCAACACAGAGUUUUACUUCAGGAAGUACCUUACCUUUAUCAGCCUUCAGUGAAAGCACCAAACAGCCUAAAACAUCACUUGCAAGUUCAGGUAUCCUCUUGCCUGUGGUUAUAAUAGUGGUAUUGGUUAUUUUUCUUCUGCCUGUUGUUCUGUUGCUCAUCUAUGAAAAAAGGGCAGUUCAUUUUAACGAUUUAAACAGGAGGAGAAGCUCAGACCACAACCAGACUGAGAUGGUUCUUUAUGAUGACUGUUCUCCAACCUCCAAAUGUGAAGGCUGAACUUAUCUUACUCUUGGUGCAACCUGCAAGGACAAGGACUGAACCUACUCCACACUCAUGGAGGCACAAUAACACACACGAUCCUGUCUGCAGAUGGACCUUGACUUUUAAUGAGUUUAAUGAGACCACACAAGCCAACGGUGAUGGAUCAUUUGCCCGGAGACACAUUGUCAUGGUCCUGGGUGUCCGACGCAGUAUUUUGAGCCUGUUCUGACCAUAUGAUUUAUUUCUUUGCAAAUAUUAUGAGAUACCUCUUCUACUUCUAGAGAUAUUUCUAGUUCUUGGUUCUUGUUUAAUUAUCUUAGUUCCCUUUUCGUGCCCAGUCUGUCCCAGUGUCAUCUCUGUCUUGUCUUCGUCCUUUUGUGCCCCCAGUAAGACACGUCGCCAUGUCUGUUUAUUUCUGGUUCCUGUGUUAAGUUUACGUGUCAUAUUCUGGGUCUCAGUGUGUGCAUUAGUUCCUGUUUUAUUUUAAUAGUCCCACGUAUUGUGUGCAUGAUGUUCAGUUCUGCUUCCCCUGUCUAGUUAGACUGAUGCUGUUCAGCUGUGCUCCCAGGUGUGUGCACUCUACCCUAAUCUGCUCUUCUACAUAUAUUCUCUGCCUCUCCUGCUGUUCUUAUGUUUUGUGAGCCCCUGUCAGUCUGUUCCUACCCAAACCUGUUGUCAUUCUUCAGCCCCAUGAUGCAUGACAACACUGGAUGAGAAGUUGUGAAGUUGUUUCGCUUCUUUCUUAUUUGCUAGUAGUGAUGUGCAAAUAAAGCAAUCAAUCAGUAUUAGACCACUUCAUGAGUUGUUUUGAAAAUGGGUUCAUUCAUUCAAAGCUUUGUUUAAGUGACAGUGGCAAAAUAGGAGACACCAAAACAAUGUCUCAAUAAUCAUGUGCUGAGUGUAACUAGGGUUUGUGUGAAUGAUAUAAAUACAAUUUUGUAAAGAUGGAUUGACUGGCCAAUUGAUUCUGUAAACUUAUGUAACGUAGUAGCUGGAAGACGACAUGCUUGGAGAAACAGAGGAUGUGAUGCGAUGGUAAGCUGUGCUUGUAUAACUAGAGCUGGGUGUAGUUAUGUACAUGGUAUGGGGAUUCAAAGAUUGUAACUGAGAAACAACAUCUUUUCUGCAGUUUUUCUUUCUCCAGCAUUCGAAAACACACAUUCACAUGGCACUGAUGAGCCGUUACGAAGCAUUUUGCGUUGCUUAGCAGUAUCGACUAAUUUGGACCAGUCAUGCGAUUCAAUCAGAGGGCCGAAGCAGUUACUGCUUCAGGCAUCAUUGGUAGCGUGUGUUUUUACAAAGCAAGCUUUGAUGGAGCGGUGCAAGGAAAAUGCAACUUCAAGUUUGAAGCUUAAUUAGGAAGUAAAGCAAGUUUUGUUUUGGAAUCAGAGUCGCAUUGUUGAUGUUAAGCCCACAAAUCUGCAGCAAUGUGUGAUGCUAUCAUGUCAUUAUGGACUGAAAUUAUUGCAGUUAAGGUAAAAUGGGGCCCAGCCUAGCAAUGUGGACAUAAUAACAUGAUUAUUUAGUGUAUAGUUAAUAAAUUCAAUUGAAUUUCAUUUAUAUAGCACCAAAUCACAACAGCAGUCACCUGAAAACACUUUAUAUUUUAAGGUGGUACAGAGAAAACCCCAA